GAGACACAGAAGAUACAAGAUUUACUAAUCUACAUAUUACUGCAACAUCAUUAACCAUGAAGCUUGUCCCCGUCUUCAUAACAGUCAUCGCUGGAUUUAUUGCUACAGGGAAAGCUCUGAGCUGUAACACCUGUAAGGCGUUUGCUCCGGACUGUAUAGGGGAGUCUUGUGAAUGCAAAAAUGGAGAAGACACCUGUGCAAAAGUGAUUGAAUACAACACUGUUUAUGAUGACUUGAUAAUCACAGUGAAGAAAGGAUGUUUGAAUGGUAAUAUGACUUGCGGCAAUUACUAUGGUUUGGAUACAUAUGGCUUUUACCUAGAUAUAUACACUGAGUGCUGCACAGGAGACAACUGCAAUUGUGGUUUAAUUGAAGUGCCCUGGAAAAAUAUGACAGAGAAUGGAUAUCAGUGUGACUCCUGUUUUGCUCAGGAUAGUCUUAACUGUACACAGAAACCCAUGAAGUGCACCGGUAACAAAACCUCGUGCCUCAGUUAUAAUGGAAAAGCAUCUCGGCCAGGAAAAGCAAUAAGGGAUUAUGCUUUCUCUGGCUGUGCCACGCCGGAAUCAUGUGAAGUUGCGAUGCGUUAUUUAAUAGGAACUGCGGCAUAUAAUCCAAAUGGGCUGAGUUGUAAAGAUGCAUUGAAAAUCUGAGAUGCAAUUGCAGUAAAAUAAAAAGAAUUGCACAUCAAACAUG